GACUGGAAAGGUUCCAGGCCAGCGCAGAAUUGGAUGCUACCCGGUCCCUCUGGACCAGACUGUGGCGUGGCGCCCCCUGGAGGCCACGGGGACCUGCUGGCCGUUUGGCGCAGGCGCAGCUGUGGCCUCAGCGCGCUCCGCGGGCCCGCGGCUACAGGAUGGCGCUGGCGGCGGCGGACCAGGCUGCGGUGCGCGCUCUUUGGAGGAAACUGAACAACAACGUGGGCGUCUACACGACGGAGGCCUUGGAGAGGACCUUCCUGGCCUUCCCCUCCACCAAGACGUACUUCGCCCACCUGGACCUGCGCCCCGGCUCCGCCCAGGUCAAGGCGCACGGCCAGAAGGUGGCGGACGCGCUGAGCCUGGCCGUGGCCCACCUGGACGACCUGCCCCGCGCCCUGGCGCCGCUGAGCGACCUGCACGCGCACCAGCUGCGCGUGAACCCGGCCAACUUCGAGCUCCUGGGCCACUGCCUGCUCGUGACCCUCGCCCGCCACUACCCCGGAGACCUCAGCCCCUCCCUGCAGGCCUCGCUGGACAGGUUCCUGCGCCACGUGACUUCGGCGCUGGCCUCCAGCUACCGCUGAACGAGGGGUGGGUGACGGCGGCUACCCCCCUCCCCCCCAGCCCCGGCGUUCUCUUCCUGCGACGACUGUUCAGAGUUUGAGUAAAGUCCCCGAGAGAAAGCCUCC